AUGAAGCUGAGCCCUCACUACUCCCUCUUCCUUCUAUCCUCAAUCCUCGGCCUAUCAAAUGCAGACUCCUCCCAUCUAGACGAUGCACCGUGCGUCGCGCGCUCCCCGACAACAGGCCUAUACUUCGAUCUCAGUGCGAUCUCAUUAUCCCCGCCCGAGCUAAAGGACGGCAAGAAGGUCAACAAGGACGCCCGCGAAGACAGCUGGUAUGCCAAGGGCCAUGACUACCCGGCCAACUUUACAAUCAACGUCUGCGCGCCGGUCAUUGAAAACGUGACGGACGUGGUCGGGGUGGAGUCUGCGCGGUGGAAGAACGUCAGUGCAUACUACGAGCGGGAUGAGAAAGUAUAUUCCAUCGGAGAACAAGCCUCUGAGCCGUUCUUCCGCGGCCGCAAACUCGUUCUCAAUUACACCAAUGGCUCGCCAUGCCCGGACGAUGUGAACGCCGCCAGCUCGAACUCCACGCGCAGAAAGUCAACGAUCAUGUCGUUCCUCUGCGAUCGCGAUGCGCCUCCGAACGUCGCUACCCCGUCGUUUGUCGGCUCCAUGGACUCCUGCACGUACUUCUUCGAGCUCCGCAGCUCCGCGGCGUGCGGUGGAAUCGCCGUCGAUCCCAACGCCGGCGGCUUGGGACCCGGCGGCGUAUUUGGCGUCAUCAUGCUCAUCGCUGUUGCGGUUUAUCUGAUUGGAGGCUGCGCUUACCAGCGAACAGUGAUGCACCAGCGUGGCUGGCGCCAGUGCCCGAAUUUCAGCCUGUGGGCUGGCGUUUUUGACUUUUUCAAAGAUAUGUUCAUAAUUAUCUUUUCCACGGUUGGGAAUCUGAUUCGUUGCAGGAGAUCGCCCUCGAGCAAUGGGUAUGCGCGUGCGGAUGGAAAUGGCCGCGGCGGAUUCAUUGGCGCGAUUGGAGGACGGGGAGGUCGGCAGGGUGGGCGUGAUGUGGAUGCUGAGAACAGGCUUAUAGACCAACUUGAUGAGGAGUGGGAUGAUUAG